AUGUUGCCACCGCAGCCUGAUUCUGUUUUGAGACAACUGGAUUCCAGUAACCCCCUCAUGAGGAUCAUGAAGUCAUUUGUGGUGAAUUCCAUGGCUGGAAUUCUCCAAGACCUAGGCAUUUUUGCCGCCAGUUUAUCUUUCAGUCUCAUGUCCUCGCCGUUGUCAAUUCGAACCGAGUUUCACACUCACCACGCCUCUCCCACGCGUCUUUUGAAGGAGCUGGAAGAUCUUCUUGGAUCCCGUGCCCAGUUUAGAGUAGACAUGCGGCACAAUAUCUACGAAAUUGACACUGCUGAAGAAUUCAACGUGGGGACAUUGUAUGAACGAUGUAAGGGAGGCAAAUCAAAGGGGGUGGGAUUCAUAACAGAAGACAGCCAACCUAUGAAAAAGUAG